AGCUUCCGAUAAUGAAACUAUAGACAAGGGCGAUUUCUUGGUAUGACUAUGUUACAACAAAAUGGCUAAUAUCGUGGUUGCAUACAUUUUGUGGCUAACUGGAGGAUGGUUUGGUCUUCAUCAUUUCUAUCUGGGUCGAGACAAACACGCUUUCAUUUGGUGGGCAACAUGGGGAGGUUGUUUAGGGUUAGGAUGGUUUCGGGAUUUGUGGAGGCUUCCUGAGUAUAUCUAUGAAGCGAAUAACGAUGAAAGAUAUUUAAACGAACUAAAACAUCGCCUCGUUGUGCUCCCUCGUCCCCCGUUCAUUGUUGUUCGGUUUGCCGGAGAAUUGGUGGUGGGGUAUCUGUUUGGAAUACUGGUGAGGCUUGUGAUUCCAGAAGAAUACACUACGGCGGGAAUGGGAUGGUUGCUGACACUGGUUCUGCCUCCGUAUGGGGCGGCUAUUGGAGUACAUCUAGUUGCCAACAUAGGACGAGAAAAGUGUACAAUGUCUGCGCCACUGAUUGGUGUAUUUCUUGGGUUGCCAUGGAUACUGUAUAGUUCAGAAAAUAUUAUGCCAGGUAUUUUGAUAGCAGCUAUUCUCGUCAACAAAUUUGGAGUUCAGUGGGAAGGAGAGAGAAAGCAGAGACGGAACAUUUGUAAAAGGGUGUUGGUGUUGACAUUCUGCGGAAUGAUUUACUUGUCGAUGUGGACAUCUGCAAUUUAUUUGAAUGGUUCUCUCACUAACGAACACGGAGAGAAAAUACCGUUACGCGAGGCUAUUCCGAAUUUCUUUAAAUCCCCAGCAUGGGAGAAUAUGAAAGAGACUAUAAGUAAACUUUACGAGUAUUACAAACUGUACGGCUGGAAUAAACUUUGGGAGCAGUUAGUAGAAGCUAUGGACCCGACCGGAGAGGAUAACGCCUACAGGGUGCUUGGUCUGAACGAUACCGUCACUCAGAAAGAUAUGACAAGGCGUUACCGAGAACUUGCUAAAGAAUGGCACCCAGACAAGAUUAAAGAUCCCAAGCAGAAAAUGUUUGCACAGGAAAAGUUCAUAGAAAUCCAAAAGGCAUAUGAUACUUUAUCAGAGAUACAAUCUCGGAGAACGGCAAAGUCAAUGAAGUCGGAACCUCCACCAGGGAGUCGAAAACAUACGGAAUUUUAAAAAUGGUGUGGGUCUGAAAAUAUUUCUCCUGGUUUUUGGUUUUGUUUUAAGCUAGUUGAUCCAGGCAGAUAGAAGCUGACAAGUCGUGGAACAGAACGCUAAAUCAUAUGUAUUUUAGGUCACCUGAGCAAAGCUCAGUUAGCUUUUCUCAUUCUGCUCCAUUGUUGGGCGUCGUCCGUCUGUUAUUAGAUAACAUUUUCACAUUUUUGAUUUCUCAAAACCUUUGGUAAUAUUUUAUAGAAGUCAUUCCAUGGCCAAAGACCAACCAAAAUUGUAAAUUAUAUGAUUUCCACCCUGCAAGGCCCUGAGGGGCAGGGCCAAAAGGGGUCAAAUUAACUGAUAUUUCAAAAUCUUCUCAUGACCAAGAUAUGGUAGAAUCAUAUACUCUUCAUGGCGAAAGGGUCUUCAGGUGCCGCAUCAAACAUUGCGCCUGGGUUUCACAUUUCCCCCUGGGGAGGAGCUGAACUUUGCAAUAAUUUAUGUACGAAAAUUAUUACAUUUUUGAGCAGAAUUUGUUUUCAUUGGAAAUGAUUUUGAAUUGGUUGGAAUUAUGGGGAGGGUCUAAACUUUGCUAUUAUUAGCUCAUCGGUUAUGAGUAACCGUGAGAUGAGUAACCGUGAGCUAAUGCUGUACCCCUGGCGUCGGAGUCCCACCCCACUUAAAAGUUUUUGGGAUCAGUUUUUGGAAAGCUUGUAAGUCCAAAAGUAUACACCUCACACCCUUCUAAUUUGGAUUAUACAUUCAUUAGAGGUCUAGGAGUGAUUUUAUGACAAAAUCAUGCGAAAAUAAGAUCGUGAUUUCUUUUGGCAUUUUACCAUUUAGUGGUCUUAAUUAAUUUGUCACCAAAACCCACUUUAAAGUUUUUGGGGUAAGUUUUAGAAAGCUUGUAAGUCCACACC